GAGAUAUAUAAUAGUUUGGAGGCAGCAUGCGUUAACACUAUCACCUAUCUGAGGAGUUUACACAGAGACAGUAUUGAGGCAGGCAGACUCUCCUUCUAGAAGCCGAAACUGAACUUUUAUCAACUGUUCUCAGAUCCUAAUUCAAAGGAACGUCUUGGAUAAGUGGUAUUUUUGAAAUCAGGUGUUCUAGGAUGGAAAUCCACACUCUAUCAGAAUAACUGAUGGCCAAUAGGUGCCUCCGAUCUUAGUUCGAUAGAUAAAAAGGAAAAAUUCUCUUUUUCUUCUCUGAUUUACAGAAGAGAAAGUAACUUGGUGGUUCAAACUGGAAUUCUUAAAAGUAUAUGGACUUUAUUUCCUAAAAUUUAUAUGUGUUUUGUGCAUUAGUGAUUUUCUCAGGCUUUGGAUAUUUGCUAUAAUGAAUCAUCACUGUUUUUCCAUGACAUCCUGUAUUUAUGAAAAUCAGAAGAACAGUUAAAAUAAAGAUUCUGAAUAUAUAAAUUUUUUUAUUUAAUAAUAUCAAUCAAGAUGACAUGCAGAGUUCCUACUCUUAUAAAAACUACAAAGGUGCCAAAAUUAGCCAUCAAUUGAUGAGCCAAAAUUUUUUUCAAGUGUGUGCCCUCCUGUUGAGCUAAUCUUUUAAUCCAGAGAUUAACAUCAGCAUUAAUCUUCAUAGAAGAGAAGCUGAAAGGAUAACGGUAUCGGCCCUCAUUCUAUUUGUUUCCUCUCUGUAUUGGACCAGUCAGAUAAACAAUUGACUGCAGACACAGGUAUGAGGACUGCAUUGAUGGAAUAGAUUGCUACUCUGUGUUGUGCUACUGGGGAGAGAGGACCAAUUUACUACUGAAUGUGAUUCAUGGACUUCAAAUGAAAAUAACUCCUCAACUCUCAUAGUGUCUUCAUAGAUCAGGGAAAAAAAGUUAUAAAAGUCGGAAGCAAAAGUAAUUCUUUCAAGUGAGGAAAAUUGAUUUGUAGGAGAAGUGGAAUUUUUUGUACUGAAACUGGACAACAUUGAAAAUUGGGAAUUUUUACACAGAAAAUUCACCAAGGAUCUUCUUUUAUUUCAGCUCAUAUGGAGUGUGCUUUCACCAAUGGGGAAAAAAUGAAAAUCUGUUGUUCAUCAAUUAAUCUGAAUUGAAAAAAAAAUCAUUUGAAACUCAAAAGAGGAGCAAAUUUUUUUUAAAUGCCGAUUGGGAAUGUACCAGCAUAUGACAACAUCACAUUUACCCACGGAAUGUUUGUGCUGGAAAACACCAGUUUUAAUCGUAGGAUCCACGGAUGCCAAUUUGAUGCGGGAGAAUUCAAUGACACGGACAACUGUACCAGUAUUCUCUCCAUUGAAGAUGAUCAGAGGGGGUACAACUGGCCCAUUCUACUCCUGACCCCCCUGAUUUUUUUCGGAGUGGGAGGGAAUAUUUUAGUGUGCAUGGCCAUUUCUAUGGAGAAACGUUUACAAACGGUGACCAAUUACUUCCUUCUAUCCCUGGCCAUUACGGACCUAUCUGUCUGUAUCAUUGUGAUGCCAUUCACAGUAGUAAAUGAUUUUACAGGGUACUGGUUUUUUGGACCAAUCAUCUGUAAUUUAUACGUCACUGCGGACGUCUUCAUGUGUACAGCUUCCAUCCUUCAUCUUUGUACCAUAUCACUAGACCGAUACAUGGCAAUCAAAUCACCUCUAAAAUCCAGAAACAUCUCCAAAUCUGUGGUCAUCAUCAAACUAGCAAUAGUGUGGGUCAUUUCUCUGGCCAUUUCUAGUCCCAUUACCAUACUAGGUUUCAUUAACGAGAGCAAUGUGUACUCUAAUCAUCACUGUGCAUUAUCCAAUGGUAAUUUUAAAAUUUAUGGAUCUGUUUGCGCUUUCUUCAUUCCGUUAUUUAUCAUGGUUUUUUCUUACGGGUUGACACUGUAUACUUUGAUAAGCCAAUCACACAAGCUUCAUGCUCAAGGAAAAGAAAACGACGAGCCUGUCAUUCGAAGAUCGUUGAGCCGGAAGCCAUUGAAACACGGGACCAGGGUACGAUUUCAGGCCAGAAAAAGGAACAGAAGUCAUAAUCAAGAAGAGGCUGAGGACCAACUGUACACACCUAUCAUCAAUCGCAAAUCCAACCCCAAAUCGUCCAUGCAUUCAAGUGUAGAGAACAUUUCAGAAACGUCUAGUCCCCGAGGCAUGGGUGCCUCAUCACCAUUAAUAGAUAACCAGCAACUCCAAUCCCCCCCAAAUCUCAUGAAAGAAUUAGAAAUGUCAGACUCCAAUUGUCAUUUAAAUCUGGACCAAAGCCCAGGUGAUAAGUCCAAAAAAGUAAAACCGUGGACAAGAUCGAGACUAAUUAUACCGAACGGCCACACAAGCAACCUUAGGGGACUUGUCAAAAAACACCAACUGGUCUUAAAGGCCACCAACAUCUUGCUAUUAAAAAAAGCUCACAUAAAAAAAUUAGACGAUGUUCAUACUGAGCAAAAAGCCUCUAAAGUGAUAGGAAUUGUGUUUAUUAUAUUCGUGGUGUGCUGGGCGCCAUUCUUUGUUCUCAAUAUCAUGACCCCCUUGUGCGAGGACUGUAGCUUCGAGCCUGCAUUGUAUGCAUCCUUUAACUGGCUUGGCUUCAUUUCAAGCACACUGAAUCCCAUCAUUUACACCAUGUUCAACAAGACCUUCAAAAUGACCUUCAAGAAACUUCUGUUGUGUCGCUAUGACCGUAUCCAACGUAAACAGAGAGUGCGGAGCUGGAUUCUUAGCAACGGUUCUCUUUACCACAAUGGCUCCGAUUCUAAUAAUAGCAUUGAUAAGUUUGAAACACCUUGUUAAUUUUUCAUCACUGGUCACAAGGUCAUGACCUUGACCUGUGAAGAGGAAUAUUAAAAUAUGGCUGCAAGUGGAAAUGUGAAGAAGGAUAUACCUUUAGGUUUUAAAUAUUGCAUAUAAAUUAAAGUGAGAUUUUCAUAGAU